AUGGCACCCAGCAAGAAGACCUUUUUUACGUUAAGGCAGAAAAUGGACGUGAUUAAUGUUGCCGAGCGGGAAUAUUCAAGUGUGCGCAAAUUAGGUGAACGUUUUAUUACAACUUCUUCAGCUUUAAUAAGCAAAACACAAACCGCCAAACAAAAGGAUAACAUUCGUAGACGAUGGCAAUCUGGUGAAAAUUUGGACCAAAAAACAACAAAACUGAGAAAUGAAUCAGCACAGAUUGACAAGAUUUGUUUUGAGUGGUUUGCUCGUGCUAGAAGCCAACACAUUCCCAUAUCAGGGCCGCUAAUAAAAGCCAAAGCAAAAGAAGUAGCUAGCAACUUAAAAUAUGAUAAGUUUAGCGCAUCCGAUGGAUGGCUACAAAAAUGGAGGAGAAGGCAUAAUAUCAGUUUCAAAUGUAAACCAAUUUUUGCAAAAGAAGUUGACAAAUCUGAAAACUAUGAUAUCUUCAUUAAUUUGGAUCAAAAGCUGUUAACUGAGGAGCCUUAUGAAAAUGAAAUAACUAAGCAGAUGAACGAAAAUGAUGCAACAGAAGAGAUGGUUACGCAAGGGAGUAGUGAUGAAGAAGAAGAAAAUUCUGGUUCCAUAACUUCCUACGAAAACGCUUUGAAAGUUAUUGAAAACCUCAAAAACUUUUCAAAAAGAGAUUUUUUUGCCUUCGAACAGUUAAAAAAUAUUGAAUCUCAUUUUCAAAAUUGUUUUCUACAAGAAAAAUCU